AGAGCGGUAUACAGUGCACCUGUUUGUUUAAAUACCGCAUUGAACUCCGUCUUCCACCAUCUCAAACACAAGGAAUUCGGAACACGCAGAAACUAAAGGCUCAAAUCCCUAAUAAUGGAGCUAAGAGGAUGGGAGGGGAUGCAGACGGAUUGCCUUGUCAACAUCUUCUCUAGACUCGGCCUCGAAGAUCUCAUCACCGCCGUCUCCUUCGUCUGCAGAUCCUGGAAUCAAGCUUCCUUCGACCCUCUUUGCCAGCGAAUCCUUGAUUUUCGCUACCUAGACUUCAAUUCGUCAAGCCCCUUGGCCCUGGCGCUCUCCGUUCCGCGCUUGUCAUUUUCCGGCUUCUUCAAGCUCGCGCUGGACCAUGCCCAUGGUGCCGCCGUUGAUCUCCGAUUCCCUUCGCACUUUUCCGUUUCGAAACAAGAUCUAUCCCUCGCGUCCGAUGAGUGCCCGAAGCUGAGGAAUCUGAUACUCCCUAGGGUUGAAUCGGAGGAUGAGGAACAACUGUUGAAAGCGAUAAGCAAGUGGAAGGAGCUUGAGGUGCUUGAGAUGGAAUCAAAGCCAUCAAUUCUUGCUGAGAUGGUGAAGCAGAUCGGUAUCCACUGCAACAAAUUCAAGGGGCUAAAGCUCCGGGGAUCCAUCAAGAAAGAAGACGCCGCAGCGAUUGUGGGCUGUCUUCCGAAUCUGGAAUGGCUGGAUCUAAGCAGCUGCCGGUUGGGCAGAGGGGAACUGCUUGCCAUAGUUGACGGAUGCAGGCAUCUGAAGCGAUUGAGUGUGAGAGAUUGUACCGGAUUUGAGGUGGAUGAGGAGGUGAAGAAAAGGGCGAGUGGGAUUGAGCUUUUCGAGCAUGAGGGUUCCACCAUCGAAGAUGUGUGUGAGGCUGAAGAUGAUGGGUAUGUUUCUUUGGAGCAGAUGUUGAUGUAUUAUGAUGAUUGCUAUGAGAUGUGGUUGCUUUGAUUUCAUUCC